AUGCAUGUCAACACAUCGGUGCUCCGGCUCCUCCUACUGAGCAUCCAAAUUAUCUGCGCCAGUGGCAGCACUCUCCCCUUCGGCUCGACCUGGCCUUAUGGUUCCUACACGCCCUACGGUGACCCGGAAACCCCUUCCGACUCCGGUGAGGACAAUGCCGACUUGGGCCCCCCGCCUCCUGAUCGACUACCUUUGAACAUCACCACGGCGAACCAAUUUCUCGAUUGCCUCAACAACACCGGUAUCUACUACAACCUCACUGUCGAAAGAGAUGGCACCACCUUGGUCGUUCCGGCCGAGCCAGCUCGAGAAAUCGUCAUGAGCACAGAUUUGCUCCGUUGCAUUCGCCAAGCGACAGGUGGCAUCUGCGUUGCCUUUGGCUCGUCCAUAGGCCACCAGCAAGGAAGACAAGACAGCGUUCCAUCUUACCAAAUAGACGGACAAGGCCUCGCCGAUCGUGGUGCUCUGGGAUACAAUCCUCGCUAUUGGCAAGAGCAGCAAUUUCGAAGCGGCCUGGAUUUCGACGACCAAGUCGACAUUGCUGCACCACUACGGGGUGCUCAAGCAAGGGCGGGGAUACAUCGCCAAAGCGGUACAUGA